AGUAGACUGAGGCUGGCAGGUCGGUCAGCUCAAGUGGUCUUCCAAUAUCCCACAAUUCACCGGAAGCCGGCCGGCCAGCUCUGUGCAAUGAGAUUCGGUUCAACCAUUUACCGCGCUGCCAAGGCGUCACUCCGAGUGUAGAUGUGAUCCUGUCAUAAACAGUGAUGGCCAGUGAAACUAUGUAGGAGAGAGGAACCCCAUGAGCAAUUUCAUCCUCAAAAUGCAAAAUAGGCAAGGCUGGCGUAUUUACAGCUAUCUCUAUCAACAAGUGGACAAUACAUCUCACCCCCAAACUGAGAGAAUUUGAUUCACUCCAUGUGAUAUCAAGAAAUGACUCAAGGGACUGAAUACAGCAAGGUCUGUUGACUAUCCAUGUUGCAGUGGUUUAACAAACAGUUCCAUUACUACCAGUACUCCAGAGAGUCAGGUCCAUGAGUUCCUUCCAGCUCGUUUGAAAUUUUGCAUCCCUCAAUCCUUGCUGAAAUCAGGAUUUUGAUGAAGGAGUUUUCAGUGGCCAAAGGAUUAAUGAUUACAUAGAAUUAUGCACAUAUGAUAAGAUAAUAGAUUUCUCUAGUCACCUGUACUAAACACACAGAUGGAAUUACUGCCAGCAGAUCAAGACACAGAAAGUGAGGAAUCUGUUCCAAACCAGAGGAUUAACAAGGUUCCCACAGCUUUGAGAUGCAGAAGAUCAAAGCUGAUUGUGCACUUAGAUUUAAAUAACACAGUGCAAUUGUUUGACACUAUUACCAGACAAGGACCCAAAAGUGCUCUCAGUUACUUUUUAACCACUGUUACCUGGGGGAGGAUCAACCAGGAAGGAAAGUGGGAAUGGAUAAGCCAAGUACCUUCUUUGAAUCCACCUUGUGAUGGGGCUGUGAGCUAUUAUUCACAGUUUGGGAAACUGCUGGAUUUCACAGAGACUGAAGAUGGCUGCCUCUUUAGAAAGAUUUUCUCUGAUCACCUACAGCAAAUGGAAUGGACAGGUCCCCACGAUGAUAACCUGUCUGCGACUGGUGAAGAUGGAAGAGAGUACCAUAGGAUCCUUCCAUCUUUCUUUGAGCUAAUUGAUUGUCUGUUAUCACAAAAUAGAGAGUUUGCAAUUGUAUUUCGAACCUUUGGCUCAGAUUUGUGUCAAGCUUUGAAAACAAUGCAGGUCACCCUGUUAGGUCAACAUCCUCAGUAUAAACAUCUCCAGAUGAAACAUAUUCCGUUAACACUAGCACCAGGCAAAAUCCGUUGCAAUAAAAAGGAUGUUGUGUUGACCUUAGGAUCUGAACGAAUUUCCACAAAAUCAAGUUCCAAAGCUCUAUAUGACUAUUUCUCUUCCUUGGAGGGAAUUGUAGGUUUUCAGGAUCAUUUUGACUGGUGGGCUAGGAAUGACUUCUCAAGCCAAGGUGGAAAACCAUUUUGGAUUGAUCCUUCUGAACGAGGAAUACAGCAUAUCUUCAUAGAUGACAAUAUCCGCUUGAAUGAUGCUGACACCAUUGUUCAUCCCCAGGUGUUUGUGGAGGAUGGAAGUGGAACCCGAACAAUCCCAACUGCAAAGCUGUAUGACAUUUGCUUGGUUCAGACAGAUCUUCUCAAAGCAAUCCAUGACCGGCAUUAUUUCAUAAAGUGUGUGCAACAGUGUGAAGAGAAUUACAGCAAUUACACCGCUCUCUCAUAAAUGAGGCUAUCCUAUUGCAAUGGUAACCUUAGCUGACAAAUUCAGGGCAUAUGUUUAAAAAAGAGACUGGAUAAUAUUCAAUAUAUUAAAGAUUAAAGUGAAUAUUGAAAUGAAAUUAAGGUUAAAGUCAUAAUUGAAAUGAUAAAUCACUCUUAAAAGACCUGACAUUUAUGGUUACUGUAAAAAUGUUUAAAGUUAUUAUCGCAAACUUAAGCUAUGAUAGAACUCUAUGAUACUGGUUUCCAUAAAUGUUCAUUAAAUAUUUUAAUAAAAUUGUAUUUAUUGGGAAAUACACUGUAUGGAAAUGUUACAUUUUAAUAUUUUAGUGGAAGAGUGAUAAAUAAUGUUUAUUAAUAUUUAACCUCGAGCUGAACAAAUAGCCUCUUAUGAGAUUGCAGAAAAAAUGUAAAUUGCAGUUGCAUCUAUUUCCAACCUGGGAAUAAACAAAACUUUAGUGAGUUUUAGAGUAUCUGCUGUAGCAGUAUUUUAACAUAUAUCUUAGCUACCUGUUUUAAAAAUAACCUGAUUAUACAACAAAAUCUACUAUAUUUCUGAAUAAUCAGUGAUUUGUGCAUGUCAAGAAGGUGAAAAUGAGUGGUCCAUAAGCCUUGUGCUGCUAAAUAAAUAGCAACUCCAUUUUUGCUUUGUAAGAACUGAGAAUGUCGCUCAUCUUCAUUGAAGUUUAACUACUUCGUAAAGCAGCAGUUUAGCUAUGGGUAGAUAUUUGGUUGAUUAUUUCAUGUAACUGAUUAAAUCUGGGUAAAUUUGUGAAUCUUUGGCAUGUCUGUUAUAAUAAAAGUUCAACUCUC